GCCUCGUUCUUUCUUGGGUACCAGCGGGGCAGAGAUGCGGUGAAAGAAGCGCCUCUGUCCUAGUGCUGUUGAAAACAAACAAUACUGACGUGGGUGGUCCGGCUCUUCUCCCUCUCUCCCCCCCUUCUCCCUCCAACUGGGAUGGACUGAGAGGAGGGGACCCCCCCCUACCCAAUUCCCCCCUGCAGAAGCCAGAGCUCAGAGCUCAGCGGCUGUGGGCGCUUCAGCAUGGAACUGAAGAGAUCCAUCUCGGCCAGCAUGGAGGCGGAAAAACCUCUCCGGCGCUACGGGGCAGUCGACGAGACGGAAUGGAAGGCCGACGGGCUGGGGAGAAAUCAACUUGACAUUAUUUCAAUGGCGGAAAACACCAUGAUGCCUGAGGAAAUUGAACUGGAAAUGACCAAGAUCCAAAGGCUCCGGGAAGUGUUGGUCAGAAGAGAGUCGGAACUCCGGUUCAUGAUGGAUGACAUCCAGUUGUGUAAGGACAUCAUGAAUCUUAAGACAGAACUGCAGAACUUAGUAGCGACCCCAGAAAAAGACAAGACGAAGCCGCAAAAACAAAGAGAAGAUGAGCUGAUUCAGAAGAUCCAUAAACUGGUACAGAAAAGAGAUUUCCUGGUUGACGAUGCAGAGGUGGAAAGAUUAAGAGAGAAAGAGGAAGACAAAGAAAUGGCCGAGUUUCUCCGGAUUAAGUUGAAACCCCUCGACCACGUAACAAGAUCGCCCACUGGGACGCCAGCGGAGAAGAAAGCGGAGCCGCCUCCUCCUCUUCCUCCAAACAAGCCCACCAUCGCGAAAACAGGAAUAGCUAUUAUUAAAGAUUGCUGUGGGGCCACCCAAUGUGCUAUCAUGUAACCCCUUCCUCUCUGGCUGCUCCUUCCUUAUCAAAGUACCUUUUGGGAGGGGGCGUUCCUUUUCUAUCCAGUGAAAACUGCAGAGGGAAAAGGACAUAAAAAGCAUUCACAGUCUUGACAGGUGAAAUUUACUGUACUUUUUUUUUAAAAAAACAGUCGCUAUUGUAUGCUGGAUGUACUGGUUGGUGACUCCUUCACAGCUGCACGGAUCACUCAGCAAGCAUGUUUAGUUAAGACUAUAUCUAAAAUAUAAGCUAUACCCAGAGAACAGGACUUAUUUAAAAAAAUUAAAACUACACGCACCAGGGCGAUGGCUCUCAGGUUUCGGAGCCUGAUGCCAGUUUUUAACCUUAUAAAUAUAUAUAUGUGUGUGUAUGUAAUACAGGGAAAGAAUAAGUCCCAACCCUAUACCAGCUGUGAACUAGAAAAUAAUGCCACAUAAUCUGUAGAAUAGCCGUUUUAAUAGUCUCUGUGUAUAGAAUGCAUUCAACCCUUUUGCCCGCGGCAAGUAGCAGGUCGGAAACCCUGCAAUCCGCUAGCUACUUAGAGCAACAGCUGGCAUAUUAAUAUUGUAAAUAGACAGCACCGCUAUAUAGUCUGUAUUAGAAGCUGCUGGCAAAUAACUAUUGUGAUUCCCAGUGACUUUUGCUGUGACAUUGUCCCCCAUCCUGGCAAAUUGUGAACAGAGGGGAAGGUAUUGGACUGUAGAGGUUUUAAUUUCUCCACAUGUCUUGGCGAUCGUUCGCUCAGCUCCUCAGCCAGCCUGUCUGAAACACGUUCUCCCUGAAAAUCCUUUGCAGAUGUUGCUGAAGGCAGAGAAGUGGUCCAAGGUAGAUCAUGUUCUAUUGGGGGACUGUUCCCAUUGGGGGCAGCCUGGUUGGUUAUUAAGAUUCUCUCACAGAAAGCUGGACAAGGUGGAACCUGAUUGGCUCCAGUAAAACACUUGUGACUUAGCAGGGAAGAGCCAGCGUGGGGUGGUGGUUAAGAGAGGCCGACUCCGAUCUGGAGAACCGGGUUCGAUUCCUCGCUUCUCCACAGGAUGCCUUGUGCUUGACCAGGCACGAUUCUGUCAGCGCUCUCAGCCCACCAGGAAGCACGCAACGGCAAACCUCUCUAGUUUGGACAGCCCCGUGGCGUUGCUGUAAGUCAGCUGAGAUUUUAUAGCACUCUCCACCACCUAGCAAGAGGGUAUAUUUAGGAUCGCUGAAAGCAGAUUCAAGAAGCCCUUAAGACAGGAUUCCCAGCAUGGGGUACGUGUUCCCCAGAGGUAUGCGGAAAAAAUUAUGUAACAUAUUUGCUAAUACAAGGGUACAGUUUUAGGAAAAUCGGCUGCCAAGGGGUAUGUGAGGAACCACUGCACUAAAAGAUCCUCAGGAGAUUUCCUAGCACUGUAAAAAUAAUGCACAAAGAUGUACAACAAGCGCACUAGUAAAACGAGCCGUCGGUCCCUGUCAUCCGCCCACCCUUGGGCUUACUGUUUUAUGUGUAAGUAUUACUACCAAAGGCUUUGCAGCCUUUUCGUUUGAAGAGUUAAUAAAAUGAAACAUGGAAUUA